AUGCCAUGGCAUCUGUGUGUCCUGGUGUGGUGGACAGAGUCGCUGUUGGCAAGCGGCCAAGCUUGGACUUCUUCUACCUUCCAGAGUGGGCCGUUCAGGGUGCAAUGGCCUGCAGCGACCUUCGACAACGAGACGCAAGAGAUGUGGAGCUUUGGAGGUCGUGGGAUUCCGAGCGGCGGUGGGCCCUUCGAUUACAUCGGAGAGAUCUGGGCUUAUGGGACCUUGACAGAUUCCUGGCGCAAUGCCUCGGCCCCCGGGGGCCCCUCACCACGGCAGGCGGCCUCCGCGGUCUUUGCGGAGAGGAAGGUUUGGAUCUUCGGGGGCGGAGCGCCCUCGGCCCUAGAUGACUUCUAUGCCUACGACACCUUCGCAGGCUCCUGGCUGCAGCUGACCCCCGCAGGCCCUGCUUCGCCCUCGGCACGGUUUGGCCACGUGGCAGUGUUGGAAGGUUCAAAGAUGUGGAUCCUGGGGGGCAUCUCCCUCGUUCUUGAUGUUUGGGCGUAUGACAUCCAGGCCAACACCUGGAGCCAAUCUGCCGAUGGGCCUGGUGCUGGCAGGCACUACCACGCAGGCAUCGUGGAGCGAGGCGCAUCCAAAAUUUGGAUCUUCUCGGGUUCCUUGGAUGGCGGGCAGUAUUCAAAGGAGCUGCUUUGUCUGGACAUCCAAGAAGGCAGCUGGACGAACUGGACCCAGGCCGACGGCCCGGACGAGCGCAGGAGCCCGACGGCCGUUUUUUCGGAAAGCCAGGCCAGGAUCUGGAUUCACGGUGGGUACUCCUUUGAUCCUGUGAACUCCGUGGCGACUAAAUUCUCUGACGUGUGGGCUUAUGACAUCCAGGGUGACACUUGGACGGAAUUUGCGAGUCCUUCGAGCAUGAGGCGAUACAACCAUGUGGCCGUGAUGGAUGCGCUGGGCCAGAUCUGGACCUACGGUGGUACAGAUUCCAGCGUCGUGGACACAGUACACCUUUUCAUCACGCAGCCCACGACGACGACGACGACGAUGACGACGACUUCCGAACCGGUGAGCUCCGGCCCUGUAGCCGGCGCAGGAAACGCCACAGGAGCGUUGCUGGCGGUGGAAGACGUCCAGCGACUCGCCUCGAGCACGCUUCUCGCCAUGCAGCUUGGAAAUGUCACGGACGGCAGCGUGCUUGCUGAGACGGAGGAUGUCGCUCUGGACGCACGGGUUGUCUCGAAGCUGGUCGCCGACAGCGUUGCUGCCCUGACCAUCAGCUUCGGUGACGUCGCCGUGGAGCUACCGACGGCUUUUCUCCAGUCCUUUGAAUCGGAAGCUGGAGCGGUUUGGGCCAUCAGCGCAGGCCUCGUGACGGAGAACAGCUCGGCCUUCCAUCUCUUCGCCGAUGACCGCCUUGCUGAGCCUCUCCUGAGCCUUCAGAUCUACCGGAGGGAGAGUUUCAAUGCCUCGGCCUCUGAGGUGAGCGGUUUGCUGCCUGCGCCCAUCCUCUUGACGUUCCCGUACACGCCAAAGCCAGCUCUCCGACCGAGCUGCGUCUUCUGGGACGAGGUGCUCUCGGAUUGGUCCUCAGAGGGCGUCACCUUGGUGGGCACUGCUGAGGGCACUGUCACCUGCGCCACAGAGCACCUCUCGCUCUUUGCCGUGAUGUUCUUAGCCCUGGUUUGCAGCAAUGCCCAUCGCUCAGCCGCGGCCAUUUUCUCGGCGGAAGGUCUGCGGGCUUUGUCCUCUUCCGCAUGGCUGUCGCGCCUGCCUGCCGUUUGCACCUUCCUCACGCUACUUCUCGGAUUCUGUUUGCUGGCUGUGGCAGCUGUCUUGGACAGGAGGCAUCGGCAACACCGGGCCCAGCUGCUGAAGAGCUGGGAGUCCAGCCAAGAAGUGAAGCACACGAAGAUGACCAGCGGCUUGGAGAUUCCCAAGGAGAAGAUGGAGCCCAAACCGAAGACAGUGCAAAGGUUCCUGCUGCAGCACUUCCACUCCAAGGUUUUGCUUUCUGAGGUGGGUGUCGACUUGGCCUUCCUGAAGCAGCUCUACUUGCUUGGUGGCUACACGGCGCUGCACCAAAGAGCUCGUGAGGUCUUGGAGCGGUUCCACAGGGAGAGCUUCACAUACCAAGCCUCGGUGUCCUUCCGCGCCUUCUGCAAGUGGCUGGACUGGUCAAAGCCUGCGAUGCGCAGCUCCUCCGUGGAGCGCCUGGCGGCGACAUUGGCGAACUUCUGGAGCGGCCUGGCCCUGGUCAGCGUCUUCUACAGCACCCAAGCCCUGCAGGCGAACCUGCCCGAGGAGUGCGAGAUCUUCGAGGGCCUCUUGGAGUCCAUCCUGCGGGGCUUCGUCAGCGCCUGGAUCGGGGCGGUCUUGGGCUUCCUGCCGCUCCUGGCCGUGCUCCUUUUGGAGCAGAAGCUCGUGGCAGCCCAGCUCGGCGCCUGCGCCCGCGUGCUCUUCUGGGCCUUCGUGGCCUGCCUCUGGCAGCAAUCGGUGUCCAGCUACACUGCGUUCUCUGUGCUGGUCAUUUGCAUUUUCAUCAGCAGCGUCAGUGUUGCCGACGGCGAGGACUUCCUGAUCUCGGCCACCACUGGCGUAGUCAGAAGCCUCUGCCUCACACCGGGUCUGCUCGUCUGCCUUUUCUUGCCGCUGGUGGCAUGCACGGACGUGGACACCAGCCUGCCCUUUGCUUGCAGUCGCGCGAAGACGUAUGCGCUUCGCUUGGAGAGGAUUCGGAUAGCCUCCAAGCAAUCUGACAUAUCUGAUGUCUGCCUCAGCUGCCAAGUCCCAGGUCACCUCCAAGCAUCAACGAGAGUCGCUGUGAACUCAGAAGCCCAGGCCGAUGCCGCCGAUGGUAUCUGUCUGGCAGGAUUGGCCGAGUACCACCUGAUUGUGAUCGGCAUCUAUGUGCGUUCAAAGUUCCGAGGUUCGGCGGCGGUGCGCCUUAGCGACUUGCUGGAUGCCAAAGAUCUGAGCCAAGAGCUCUCCUUCCGACAAAACGGCAAGGCCCUGUCUGAUCUCUCCGUGCUUCUGACGGCAGCUCCACCCACCCAAACAGACCCAGACCACGUGCAGUUCCCAAUGCUUCAGAGCAGUGAGGAAGCUUCCAAUAAUAUUCCGAUGGGCAGCGAACCUCUGGAGAUUGCCGUCGAGUCGCCGAGGAGCCAGGCAGAUCCCGUGAUUCUUGAAACUUUUCAAGAGGACGAUGACCUCCAGUUGUCAUCCUUGUAA